UCCGGAAAGUAGCGCAAGCGCAAAUCAUAGCAGCGCAAAGCAUUGCGACCGUCAGUAUACAUCAGUCAUUCGUAUCGCGAUAAUGGAGAGCCCAUCCCAUUAUUCUGAUGCUUACAACAAACCCGAGCUUCACAACCGAAAUUUUAAAAAUGAUCUUCAAGUCAGCAUGCAAUUAAACGUCUGGACUUUGAAGCCGAUCGGUACUUGGCCGAAGUCUUUAGGACACUCCCGGCUCGAGACACUAUGGUGCAGAGUGUCGAAUAUAACCUGCUAUGGACUGCUAGUCUUAAUUUUGAUCCCCGGCGGCAUGUACAUGGUCUUGGAGAUGAAAGACUUUUACAGCCAGCUAAAGCUCGGCAGUGCUCUCAGUUUCUUUAUGACGGCUGUGAUGAAGUACUGUGCCUUUAUUCUACGCGAGAACGACCUCCGCAGAUGCGUCGAGUACAUCGAGGGCGACUGGAAAAACGUGAAAUAUACGGAGGAUCGAAAAAUCAUGUUGAAGAAUGCGAAUAUCGGUCGUCGGCUGAUAGUCAUCUGCGGUAUCUUCAUGUACGGCGCCGUCCUAUUUUAUUACGUGGCAGUGCCGUUCACACGCGCCAAGAUCGUUGAAGAAGAUGGAAAUCUGACUUACCGCAGAUUGGUGUACCCGGUGCCUAAAGUGCUUGUUGACGCUCGUCGAAGUCCCAUUAACGAAAUCUUUUAUUUCAUCCAGCUAUUGUCUGGCUUCGUUGCCCAUAACAUCACGGUGGCAGCGUGCGGUUUGGCAGCUCUCCUCGCGAUGCACGCUUGCGGACAGUUGCAGGUGCUCAUAUCUUGGCUGAACCAUUUGGUUGACGGUCGAGAAGGUAUUAAUGACACUGUGGACGAGAGAUUGGCAAAUAUCAUUGAACUACAUGUACGCAUUUUAAACUUCAUUGCGCAAACCGAGGAAUUGCUACACGAAAUAUCCCUCAUAGAAGUUGUGGGAAGUACUAUGAACAUAUGUUUUCUUGGUUAUCAUUGUAUGAUGGAAUGGAACUUUCAGCAGCCGGUUAGUGGCUUAACAUAUGUGAUACUUCUCGUCUCGCUUACAUUCAACAUAUUUAUGUUCUGUUACAUAGGUGAACUCUUAACGGAACAGACCAUGAAAGUACGUGAGAGCUCAUACAUGAUCGAUUGGCACCGCCUACCAGAAAGAAAGAGUCUUGCUAUCAUCUUAAUAAUCUGUAUGUCUGAUGCAACCACCAGACUUACUGCCGGAAAUAUAAUCGAACUGUCUGUUAGCAGCUUCGGCAACGUUAUUAAAUCAUCUGUUGCAUAUUUAAACAUACUACGAACGUUAACGACUUGA